AUGGCUGCGUCUGAAGCAACGAUCGCUGGAUUAUCGGACCGAUGGGCGGAGAUUGUUUUUGAAGACGAGGACGCCGGUGUGGAAGCGCCGGCGGUCGACGAUGGCGCAGCGACGGUGGCGGAAUCAUGGAUGUUAGUCGGACGGUUCCUGACUCAAUGUUUGAUCAAAGUUGAGUAUAUGCGACAGGUUAUGGCAUCGGCAUGGAAACCGAGGGUUAUGGAAGAGGGACCGUGGUCCUUUGAGAAUUGUACGCUGCUGUGUAAGGAGGUGAAGGAUGGUCAGUUGCCGGAGGAUAUGGUAUUGGAUACUGUGGAUUUAUGGGUGCAUGUGUACAAUCUGCCAGUUGGUUAUAAUACGGUACCGGUCCUUGAACAGCCAGGGAACUUUCUGGGGAAAUUCUUAAAGAUUGAUGAAAGACAGAUGAAAGGGCCUCUCAAAGCUUUCUACCGAAUUAGGGUUUGUAUGCCUGUGGACAAACCCCUGAAGAGAAGGAUGAAAUUGAUUCACCGUGACAAGUCUUGGGGAUGGGUGAAUUUCAAAUACGAGAGACUACAUACCUUUUGCUUUUUCUGUGGACUUUUGGGGCAUUCGGAAAAGUUCUGUUUGAAAGCUAGAAAUUCGACUAUGACUCCUGAGCAGUAUCCGUAUGGUGUAUGGAUGCGGGCUGGUCAGACACGAGGACCACGGCUAGUCGGUGAGCCCUGGUUGCUAAAUGCGGAUGAUCCACCGAUCCGCCUGGAACCCGUGGGCGAGGCACCGGAAAAUCCGGCAGUAGAGGAGCAGGGCCGAACGGAGUAG